AUGGAAGCCCCAAGUCCCGCCCUCCUACGGCAAGCCAGAAAACUCCGCUUCUUCCAAGCAGUCGUCUCCUGGCUAGACCGCUACCUCUCUUUCCCUCUUCCACCCAGACCAGCCCUCGACCUCACAAUCCCAACAACAAUGAGCAACCCACCCGGCUCGAUAUCCCUAUACAUCUACACAGCUCCCGGCAAAGAUCCAAUCCCAAUAACCAGCACUUCAAAACCACGACCAGUCCUCAUAAACUUCCACGGCGGCGGCUUCAGCAUCGGCCACGCAAUCGACGACGCGCGCUGGGCCCACGCCGUCCUAAAAAAACACGAAGAUAGCGUCGUCGUCUCAGUAAACUACCGUCUCGCACCGGAACACCCCUUCCCAAUACCAAUGGAAGACUGCGUCGACGCAGUCCUCUGGUUAUGGGAACAUGCACGAAGCUAUAAUCUCGAUCGAACCCGAUUCGUUCUAUGCGGAAAUAGUGCCGGUGGGAAUCUUGCAUUAACAGUUCCCUUACGGUUAUAUGAGGAGCUGGAAAAACGAGACCGCCGCGAUACAAAGACCGAUAUAAUUCUUCGAGGUUCUAUAGCUUUUUAUCCGAGUGUUGAUUGGACACGAACGAGAGAUGAGAGAGAUGCUACGAAUCCUAUCGCUGCGGAACAGGGCAUGAUUCCACCUGCUGUAUUUGAGUUCUUUGAUAACUCGUAUUUGGUUACUGAGAAUUUACCAAAGAGUGAAGAUGGAAAAGUAGAUAUGGGACAUCCCUAUUUAUCGCCUGGUCUUACACCUACUAAUUUACUACUUGCUGCUUUUCCGGGUAGUGUGGUUAUUUAUACGUGUGGGUGGGAUCAGUUGCUGGUUGAGGGGGAUGCGUUGAGGGAGAGGAUUUGUAAGUUUGUGGAUGAGGGGAGAAUGAAGCAUUGUGGAGGGUUUGUGGUUGAAGAUGCGAUUCAUGGAUUUGACAAACGGCCUAGUUUCUGUGUUGGGUCUCCUGAGAGAGAGAAGAUGUUUGCGGAUGCGAAUGAGCAGUUGGAAAUUAUGUGGAGAUGUGAGCAUGACUCGGAGGAUAGCGAGGAUGAGUGA